AUGGCAGACAAACAAGACGCAGAGCCGGCUCCUGGCCAGCAGAACGAUGUACCCGACAGCGGCGCAGGCAAGAAUGGCUCAACUACCGUGAGCAGCGGCGACAAGGGCAAGGGCAAGGGCAAAGCAACGAUAGAACUCAGCACGAAAGCGGCACAGGCGCUGAUGGACUCCAACCCUGCGCUGAAGGGCGAACUCGCCGGCCUGGAUAGUGAGAAGGCCGCAGAGUUGAUGCGGAAAAUGGACAUCAAGGACCUGCUAGCCGGACUUGCGGCCAACCCGAAAAACAAGAAGGAUAUGGCAUCAUAUAAGUUCUGGCAAACUCAGCCGGUUAUAAGAUUCGACGACAAGGGUGAAAUAGUGGACGGACCGAUCAAGGAGAUUGAUAUCGAGACUGUACCGAAGACACCAGGUCCGUUAAUUGAUGGGUUUGAAUGGGUUACCCUGGAUCUGAACGAUGAUAAAGAGACUCAGGAGCUGUACGAGCUCCUGACAGACCAUUACGUGGAGGAUGAGAGUGAGAUGUUUCGGUUUAACUACUCGAAAGACUUUUUAAACUGGUUGGUGCUCUAA